AUGAAACUAUCCCUCCUUGUAUAUCCUCCAUCCUUUCUCGAAUAUUCAUCAAGAAACCAAUAUCUCGAUCAAACCAUGAAUUCAAUAUUCAGUUCAUUCGAUGCCUUCUCUGCUGAAUUCCUUGGCCAAUUGGUCAGGACGUCUGUGUCUUGUCCAGAACCCUCGCAAAAGCAAAAGAAUCAGCUAAUUAAGGAAAGACGAAACAUCGGGGAACAAAGAGAUAGUGGUAAUAAGCCGGAAGAAUUAAGGAAAACACAGCCGGCAAAGGGUGCUCGGUUUGCACCGGAGUUGGAUGGAUUAAACUGCUUUGAAACCAUGGUAUCUUACUGA